AUGUUGAGGAAAGAGAUGUACAGAGGUUAUUUCACUAUGGACAACUUAAGAAGAAAAGAUGAUGAAGAAAACAAGACCACAGAUCUUGAUGUGAGUCACCCUUUCGCCCUGUCUAAAUUCAAUCCUGCCAAGCGGCUCUUUUUCUCCACUGGUGUUACACAUGUGGAGAAAGAACUGCAGCAAGUGCUCUACAAUUUAAAUGAAAUUGUUAGUGAUAUGAGUGAGUUCACCGCACUUCUGAAAAACUAUCCUCCAUUGUACCAUCAACCUUAUAGCAUGCACUUGAUUAUUGACAAGUGCAUGUUUGGUCGUCAAAUGGAGUUAGACAGGAUUAUGAACUUUUUGAUGCUAGUUGAUCCUACUAGCACAAAACACGUGGGUGUUCUACCAAUUGUUGGUCCAGCAGAAGUCGGGAAGAGUACUCUUGUUGCACAUGUAUGCAAUGAUGAAAGAGUGCGCAAUAACUUCACACGAAUUGUGCUCAUUACUCAAUAUGAUCUUAAAGACAAGGGACUAACAACUUUAGAAGAUGGAGGUGUGAUCUAUUACCAACAGAAUUCCUUGAAUGAAAAUGAGAGGACAUUGUCUAUAAUUGAAUUCUCUGAGGAUAUUGAUAAGGCUGCAUGGAACUGCUAUCUAGCUUCUGCAACCUGCCAUUCAAAUGUUGUCAAAGUUAUAAUCACAAGCCGAUCAAACAAAAUCAUCAAUUUUGGCACCACACAGGCCCUUGUGCUGAAUCUUCUCCCACCAGAAGCAUAUUGGUAUUUCUUCAAGGUGCUUACAUUUGGCAGUGCAGAUCCAAAGGACCAACCAAAACUGGAAUCAAUGGCCAUGGAAAUGAGCAGAUGUACUAAUAGGUCGUUCGUUGGUGCAAACUUCGUCUCUUGCCUCCUCAGGGAUCAUCUUAAUGGUCAGUAUGGGCGUAUGGUUCGUGCCAGCCUGAGGGAUCUAAAUAGAGCAAGGAUAUCCUCCUGUGCACCUGCUAUUAUAAACGAAAAGAAUCCUAAAUAUGCUCGGAGAAUAGCCACGAAUGAGUACUUUGCGAUUUAUCCUUGCGCCAAAGGUUUUGCUGCUGAUGACAUGAUUACUAGAACAACACUAUUUGAUCUAGUGUACGGAACUGUUAAAUGUGAAGGGAAGUUUGAGGUCCUUGCAUUGAAGUUGCGCAUACCGCCUUACAAGAACUACAUGUAUACUUGCGAGAUGGUGAAGUCCAUACCCACUAAGAUGAAAGCAGCAUCUGAAAGCUAG